AUGUUAUCAACGCUAUGGCUGGGUAUCCUCAUCGUCGUUGGAGUUGGGAUUGUUACUACCCUUCGCGGCUGGAAAAGAUAUCCGCUGCCUCUUCCUCCGGGUCCUAAACAGCAACUCAUAAUUGGAAAUCUAAAUCAUCUUCCAACCCCUGACCAACAAGAUUGGAUGCAUUGGCUAAAGCAUAAGGAGCUAUAUGGACCAAUUAGCUCACUCACUGUACUAGGAAAACAUAUUAUCGUCCUUAAUGAUGCUAAGUUGGCAGUACAGCUACUAGAAAAACGUUCCGCUAUACACUCUUCGCGCCCAAAAAAUAUGUUUACUGACAUGUCGGGGUGGCAAUAUGUUCUUGGGGGACUCAUAAACCCAGACCAUGUAAGAAAAACACGGAAACAUUUGUAUCAAGAGAUAGGUUCAAAAAAUUCCGUUGCCCGCUUCAACGAUACUCAGAAAGCGGAGGUCAGUCGUUUUCUAGUGAGGGUAUUGGAUGAGCCAGACAAGCUCCAUCAGCACAUACGGAAAGAGGCUGGGGCAAUUGUCUUGAAAAUUGGCUAUGGAUAUACUAUUGAACCCCAUGCUCGGGACCCUCUUGUGGAUCUGGCCGACAAGGCGAUGGAGGACUUUUCAUAUGCCUUGCUUCCAGCAACAUGGGCGGUGGAGUUUAUCCCAAUAAUGAAAUAUCUCCCGGCCUGGUUCCCUGGGGCAGGAUUCGUGAAGAUCGCUCAAGGCUACAAGUCCAGAUCAGAGGCGUUCAGUGAUGUUCCGUACGCAUUUACCAAGCAGCAGAUAAGUAAUGAUCAAUUCGUGCCAUCCUUCCUGUCCAAUCUUCUUCAAAGCAAUCCUGUGGAGCCCGGGACUGAAGAAGAGGAGAUCAUCAAGUGGUCAGCUGGGUCUUUAUACGCCGGAGGCGCAGACACGACUGUCUCCUCAAUUGCGAGUUUCUUCCUCGCCAUGGCCCUUUUUCCAGAGGCGCAACGCAAGGCUCAGGAGGAAAUCGACACAGUGCUUGGGAGUAAUCGACUACCCCAAUUCCAAGAUCGAGACGACCUUCCAUAUAUCAAUGCACUAGUCAAGGAAGUCCUCCGAUGGCAUCCAGUUGUACCCAUGAGUGUAGCCCACACUUCAACCCAGGACGAUACAUGUGAGGGGUACUUCAUCCCCAAGGGAUCGUCGGUUCUUACAAAUAUUUGGGCAUAUACGCACGAUGCAACCGUCUAUCAUGAUCCAAUGACCUUCAAGCCGGAGCGCUUUUUGACCUCUCCGGACGGCAAACUCCCAGAGCGUGAUCCGCACCUGCUUGUGUUCGGGUUCGGUCGUCGAGCCUGUCCUGGGCGUACACUAGCAGACGCAAAUGUCUUUCUCACUGUUGCACAGGCUCUGACUGUUUUCAGUAUUUCGAAACCGAUAGAAAACGGAGUCACCCAGAAUAUCCCACUCAAGUUUCUGCCCGGGGUCAUUAGCCACCCGGCCCCGUUCAAAGUUUCUGUCCGGCCACGAAGCGCAAUGCACGAACAUCUCAUCCGGGAACUCGCAGAGCAACAUCCUUGGGAGAAAAGCGAUGCUGAGUUUCUUCAGAGGGUGUAG